AUGGCGCCCAUCGCCGAUCGGGGUCUGUUGGGCUGGAAGGUGGAUGUCGUUGGCGUCGUUGACACCUGCCCAAACCCAUCGUAUCUCAGCUUGACUGGAUGCUCGAGUGGUGUGGUCGGUGCUUCACUUGCAUACCACUAUGGACAGGUGCUUGGCAUACCAGCUCAAGCACGUCACGGGCCAAGUUGCAUCUUUGCUUGGCACAUGGUGGUGACAGAUACUGUUCACGGUGAGUUCAAGCACGAUGUCUGCUCAAGCCAACACGAGCUGAUCGUGAACGGCCACAAGAUCAAGGCUUGGGCCUCUGACGACCUGCUGGAGUUCCCGCUCAUGUCGAGUCCUCGCCGCAAAGAGGCGCAGAACCUGGCGGAGCAAUACCCCGGGGUCAAGGUUAAGUCCUUUGGAUUUGGCCCGGAUCGUUUCUGA